AUGUCAAAAGAUUCGAAUACCGAAAGCAAAACAAGCGUCAGUACGAACAGCAGCGCAACUGUUACGGCUGUCUCGCUCCCUUCGUCACUUGAGUCUGAAUUAGCCAAACUAACUGUUUGCGAACGAUUGAAUCGAUAUGUUAAUGAAAUAGAUGAAUUUUAUUCUUCUGACAAGGUGUCGAGCACUAAAGCAAAAAAGCUACGAAAUAAUGCCAUUGACGCCGCACUGGCUAAUAUCAAGCAGUCGAUGAUGAUCGAUAUUUGUUUCGUCUUGGACUGCACUGGGUCUAUGUCACCACAUAUCGCUGCUGCUAAAGACAGCAUUUUGCAAGUGGCGAAACACAUCCAACAGACUAAUCCCGGUUUUAAGACGAAGCUCGGUUUUUGUGGCUAUCGUGAUAUUGAUAAUGAAGAUAAAAGGUUGGAACGCUUUGAUUUUAUUGAUUCUUACAAGACGUUUUCCAAACGCAUGUCUACCGUAGUGUCAAUUGUAAAUAAGGACGGUGCGGAAGACGUUCUCGGUGGUCUAAAUGCAGCCGUAAACGAAAUGAGUUGGCGAAAUGGCACUCGUAUUAUUCUUCACAUUGGCGAUUGUCCACCCCAUGGCAAUCGUUUUCACGGAGGAAAUUGCCCGGAUCACUAUCCGUUGGGUGAUCCAAAUGGAUUAACAGCAGAGGGUGUACUUGAGAGUCUGCAGAACAAGAAUAUUCUCUAUUGUUUCGGCAAAAUUACAGCUUACACUGACACUAUGAUUAACGUGUUCCAAAGCAUACUUGGCGCGUUUCCAGUGUUUGAUCUUGUGGGAGGCGAUCCAAUCGCGUUAAUUGAUAGAUUUAAAAAGGCCACCUGCACAGCCAUAACCAGCUCGGUUACGCUAACAAGCACUUUGGGAACUGAUAGCGAAGAUAUAUAUUCUAUACGACAAAAGAAACUUGAAAUGAACAAACAGGAACCUGAAUGGGAAAAAGCUUUGUCACAUUCUGGUGUGGUUUUUUGGUAUGAUUUUCCUACAAAUAUGGAGCGGCUGAAAAUUCGUUCGUGUUUUGUCAAGGAAGAGCUCUUUUCUGAGAAAUUCUCCUUCAAGAUGUCCGAGCAACCUUUUUCUGCUGGUUCUGAAAAAUAUGCGUAUUUCGGUCUUGAUAUUACGAGGAAUCCAACGCGAAACGUGGUAAUUAAAGAAUACCUUAAGAUGGGAUAUAAAACAAAUCCCAUUGAAAAGUAUCUUGAGGCGGUUGAGGUCUCUACUAUAGCGGCUUAUCUUGCAAGAAAGUUUAAUUCGGCUACGAAACGAAUGAACGUUAAGAACGUAAAUUUUGUUGUAACCAAGGUUUUGCGCGCUGUCAUGGACAACAAAAACAAGUAUUAUAUUGUCGAACAAAGAUUCGAAGGUGCAACGUUCGAGCGAUUCAAUGUAAACAGUGGAGUAGUUGUAGAAAUGCGUCCCGUCCUCGAAGCAUUUGCUCAUUUUACGUACGAGUGCACCAAACAUUAUUUGGUGGUUUAUGAUCUUCAAGGAAUUGAGCUGACGGAUGAGUUUCUUCUAACAGAUCCAGCAAUACACUGUGUUGAUCCAUUAAGAUUUGGAAGAACAAAUUUAG